UGGCUUGGCAGCUCGACUGGACGAAGUUCCACAGCGAAAGAAACACUGACUCACUACCAUGUCUAAGACAAAAGGACACAAACCAGUUUCAAGAGGAGGGAGGGUAAAAAAAAAAAAAGGCAUUAUUUUGCACAGAGCGAAGGCGUGGACUUCCUCAAAACACUUCCAGGAGAAUUCCAGCUUGUAAGACGAGUGAAAGGUGCAGACAUGGACUGGGGCACUGAUUUGUGGGACCAGGGCGACGUGAUCGACAAGCACACUCAGGCGGGCCUGGACCUAGUGGAGCGCUACAUCAAGUUCGUCAAGGAGCGCACCGAGCUCGAGCAGAACUACGCCAAGCAGCUCAGGAGUCUGUCAAAGAAGUACGCAAAGAAAGGAAGCAAAGAUGAUCAAGACUGCAGGUUCAGCAACCACGCCGCCUUGCAGGAGAUCUUGAACGAGUUAAACGACUACGCGGGCCAGCGGGAGUUGAUCGGCGAGAACAUGAUGACCAACAUCUGCGUGGACCUCAUCAAGUUCCUGCAGGACCUCAAACAGGACCGCAAAGCACACCUUUCUGAUGCCAAGCGAGCCCAACAGAACCUGGAGAGCAGCUUCAAACAGCUGGAAAGUACAAAGAGGCGCUUCGCCAAGGAGUGGGCGGAGGCUGAAAAAGCAACACAACAGGCCGAGAAAACGGAGAACGACGCGAACGCCACAAAGAUCGACGUAGAUAAAGCCAAGCAGCACGCGCACGCCCGCACGCACACGGCGGAGGAAUGCCGCAACGACUACGCCGCGCAACUACAGAAGUACAACAAGGAGCAGAACUACUACUACUACACCGAGAUACCGCAAAUAUUCAACAAGCUCCAGGAUCUAGACGAGCGUCGGAUUCGUCGUCUGGCGGAUGGAUAUUGCCAGUUCUCCGACUUGGAGAAGAAGGUGCAGCCCAUCAUCUCCAAAUGUUUGGACGGAAUCUCGGCAGCCGGAGCAAAAGUCGACGCAAAGCAGGACUCUGUGCUGUUGGUGGAGCAGCACAAGUCGGGCUUCGAGCGUCCUUCCGACGUCGACUUCGAGGACUACACGCAGGGAAUCAAAGCGGCCAGCUCCGACUCCAGCCUCAACCUUCCCAAAUUUCGAUCCAAGCUGUGGCCAAUCAGUAGGAAGCACAAGACGUCGCAUGCUGAGAAACACGUGCCGCCUCCCGCCGAGGACUUCUCUCACCUCCCCCCCGAGCAGAGGAAGAAGAAGCUGCAGGCCAAGAUCCACGACGUGUUCAAAAAGCUUCACAUGGAGCAGGAGACCAGUGAGGCUCUGGAAAAGAUGAAGGGCGUGUACGAGCAGAACGCCAACUUGGGAGACCCGUCCACUUUGGAACCCAAGAUCGCCGAGACGGUGCACAACAUGGGAUACCUGCGUGGCGAGAUCGCCAAAUACGAAACGUGGUUGUCCGAGGCGGUGGGAGGAGACGAAUGUGCCAACGCCAUCAACAACAACAACAACAGCCACCACGCGCCAAACACUGUCGUGACGCCUGAGAAGCAGCAGAACAUUUACACCGAGUUUGACGACGACUUUGACGAGUUCAGCCAGUGCACGGCUUUGUACAGCUUUGAAGGGAAUAGCGAGGGCACCAUCUCGGUGACGGACGGCGAGCUCCUGAGCGUCAUGGAGGAAGACAAAGGCGACGGCUGGAUGAGGGUCCUGCGGGCCAACGGGGAGGAGGGCUUCAUCCCGUCCUCCUACGUCAAACUCUCCUCCUAACGUGCGGUUGAAACUUCUCCAUGUAGAAAAUGGACAACUUCUUUCACAGUGCAUUUCGUGACAACAAACAAACAAACAAACAAACAAACACUUUAUUUCGCAACCUGCUGAAGUUGUGCCCCGCUUUCCCGAUCGGAUUGGACUUUUGUCAUUUUCAAAAAUCGAAAUAACUGAACGAAACCACUACUCCGGAAAAUAACAUAUCGUCUUUCCACGGAAGUUACCAAGAUGAACGAUACAACCACAAUAAAGUCAUGUUUUCUGAAGGGGAAAAAAAGUUGGAAUCUUAUUAGAAAAUCAUUUUCAGAAUAAAGUUGCAUUCAAGCUUAAUAUUAUGAAUAAAGUUGAGGGGGAAAAAAAACAUUCUAACCGAUAGUCUUUAUAUGUAUUAUGAAAAUAUUCUCUUUUUUUUUUUUAGUCACAAUCGUAUGGGGAUAGUCAUAUUUUUUUACAAAAAUUACCAAAAUGUAUUUUCUGGAGAGAAUAAAAACAGCAUGUUACAUUUUUUUAACCCAAAAAAAUGACCAGUAAAAACGUAAUAUUACGACAAUGAAGCUUUUUUUUUAAAUUUAUAAUUAAAUUAUAUUACAAAAAUAAAGACAUCUUUUGGGGGAAAAAGUAGUGAUCUUAUGAGAAAACAUUUGUUAAAAAACAGAUCAAACUAGUAAGUUUUCACUUCAUGGAUCAGAUUGUUGUAUUUUUUCUAAAUAAAAAGGUAUUUAUUCUUAAAAAUAUAAAGUAAUGUUACAUUUUUUUCAUGAUUGAAAUCGUUACAAAACCAGUCAUAAUUGUUUGCUUAAAAUGUAAUAAUAAUAGGUCAUAUUUGUUGGAGAAAAUGUAAUGAGCAUAAAGUAUUUUCAAGAAAAAAAAGUCAAUCUCACAACAAUUUUUCAAAAAGUCAUUUUUUUCAAGAACAAAAAAACAGGAAUAGCAUUUUCAAAGCUAAAAAACAAUAUUAGGAAAUCUUAAGAAUAGUCAGUAAUCCUGUCUUUUGCAUUUCUUGUUGUUUUUUGCAAAAACUGCUGUGAAAAGUGAAAAUCUGCUGCGUUGUUGUUGUUUUAGGGCGGCCCUUCCUACGUCACGCCCACUUGACACCGUCAACGUUUGUCUAUCAAAGGCACAGUGAUGUCAUUGAUUUGACUAUUAUUCUUAGUUUAGGAGCCUAUUCAGGGUCACACGGUCUGCGCCGCAUUUGGGGCCUAACGGGCACGAGGACGCUGUGCGAAAACGGCUCAAUUGUAAACAGAAAUAUAAUAAACAUUAAAUAUGAACCAA